AACUCUACUUAGUUUGUGGUCGGACGACUCAACGCAUAAAAUUUUAUUUGGAACAUGUAGAUUUUUGUUUGUGGUGCAUUUGAUAUUCAUGUCAAUGCAGCAAGAAUUUAAUAAAUUUUGUGAACUUGAGUCAAUUUGGCUAAAUUUAAUUAAAUACGUUAUAUUUUAUUAAAUAGGUACAUCAUUAGCAAAUCUAGCUUUUGCGAGCUAACCAUUGAUAGAACCUUUGAUAGCUUAACUCGGACUCUCUGACUUGGCAUCUUCGAUCGGCUCCAAGGGCUAUCUUGAUCACUGGUGAAUCUUCUAUAUGAGGAGCAUUUGUAAGUAUUGCAUCGGCUCGUUUAUCAAAUAAGAAGACUUACAAAGAAGACUGAAGAUAGUGAUAAGUGAUAAGAGUUUAUGGCCGUUUGAUGGUCAUAAACUCAGUGUAGUGCUUCAAGAUGGAUCUGCCAGACUGCCCACCAGGGGCAGAAGGAUAUGAGGACACCGUUGUUGAAGUUCCCCGGAAACCUGAUGAGCCUGUCUGCACCAAGGCUGAGCAAGAGUUUCAGGAGCACAUUGCUAGCUUGAAGAUCCACGUGGAGGAUGGCACCACGCGCUGCAUGGUGGAGAGGAGAGGUCGCGACUUCGCCGGCAAGUGGAUAUACCUGUGUUACCCAUGUGCGGCGUUUUGCAGCGGCGAGACCAUUCUGCAGACGCACAUAUCGGGGAAGAAACACAAAAACAAGCUAGCACUGAAGAAUCUAUGGCCUGUGAGCAUCUUUGAGCAACAUCCAUACAUUUUGGGAGAAAGGGGCGAGGCAAUAAAUAAAAAUAAAACUGCCAAUGAAGGCGUGUCAGCAGUGUCAGUGACGAAAAAGAUGGCGGAGGAGGUCGAGCUGCACAACAAGAGCCCGUCCGAGCUUAGCCUCAAGUACAACAAGUAUAUGAACACCACAUGCCACCUUCAGGACACUCUGGACAAAGUCAAGACCCCGCUGGUGGGCCUGGAGUACCUGAUCGAGCACCCGCCGGAGGAGGCGCACCACGAGCCCUCGUACCUGUGCACGUUGUGCGGCAAGCAGGGACACCCGCGCACUAUCAUCAAUCAUCUCACUUGCUUCUGGCACCGUUAUGCGUAUAUGAUGCGCCAUUUUACAAAAGCGUGUUCGCUACUAACGCCUUACCGCACGCAACCGCGUUGCCGGGAAGGCGUGGCCAUCAUACUGAGCCGCCUGGCGCAGCGCGUCGAGGACAAAUACGGCAGGCUGCGGCCCAUCAACAUCGAUAAAACGGAGUACGAAAAUGAAAAAGAACAAAUAUCUCAGUGGCUGUUUAAAGGCUUCCACUUUAGCGAGCAGCCGGGCGCCACGUUUGAAGAGGUGGUGGACGAAGAUCUUAUCAAUUCGCUAGCUAACGAUGGUGUCGACGACGUGAAGAAUAACUACAGGGAACGCGUCGUAAAUGACAAAAUUCGGGCUAUAAAGGACACCGUUAGAAAACGGGAUCCCUCGCCUCCAGUAGUAGCUGCUCCCACUAAGCCGUACCGUGCGCUACCACUGUAUCCCCCUGUCCGUGCGCAGCGCGGCGGCGAGCGCGCGCGGCGGCCGUCCGCGGGCUCGCUGUCCGACGUCAGCCUGGAGGACGCGCCCGCGCCCGACGAGCGCCGCGGCCCGCACUCCACCAGGGAGCACAAUUCACAAUCACGUCGGUACGAGCCGUACCCGACAAAGAAACCACCACACCGGCCUUGGUACGAAAAGAAGAAGCAUCCGGAUGAACCCACCGAGAAAGAGAUGAAGAGGGAAUUGGAAAAGCGCAGUUACAAAGAAAAGCUCGCGAGAGAAACUCAAGAGAAGCUCGAGUUGUCAUCUAGGAAGAUGUUGGCUUAUCACGAAAAAAACCCAGAGAAACAUCCCCUAUACCCCGAAGAGUGGAAGAAAUUCUGGAACAGACGCUACAAGGAAAUACAAGCUGAGGGCAAAGACCCGUCCAAACACGACUUCAAGCCGGAAUGGAUCGUGUACUGGACGGCUCGCAUGAAGGAGUUACACGACGAAGAGUUGAAGGUGCACGUGAACGAGUUCUACAGGAAGCUGUGCCUGACGCCGCCCGAGCUGGCGCGGCGCGAGGAGCGGCGGGAGGCGGGGCGGGCCGAGCCGCGCUGGUCGCCCCGGCGGCGGAGGUCGCCCGACUCCAGACGGCGUUCGCCCGAACCCCGUAAGAGGUCUCCAGAUCACCGGCGGCGGAGCCCGGAGCCCCGCAAGCGGUCGCCGACGCGCCGCCGCUCGCCCGCGCCCCGCCGGCCGGAGCACAGGCCGCCGGCUGGCGACUACCGCCGGGACCAUAAGUCGCCGGGCCCGCGCGGCUCGCCCCCGCGCCGCUCGGCGGACCGGCGCGGCAGCCGCGAGCCGCGUCGCGACACGGCACGAUCGCGCAGUCCUGUGCGACCUCGCCGCAGCCCAGCUCGCACUCACAUAACGCUGGAGAGCACCCGGCGCAGCCGCAGCCCGCUGUCGAUGCGCGCGGCCGCGGUGCUGCGCAACAACAGCCCCGCGCCCGCGCUGCAGACCGUGCUGGUCUCCGACGACGAGCUCAAGCCUGACGACGGCCUCUCCCCCUGGAACUCCGACAAGUCUCUGGACUCGUUGGGCUCGCUCCCCGACGCGCGCUCGCCGCUCCACCGGCCUCGCUCCAGGACGGCCAGCGAAGCGUCGCGUGCUUCCAAACGGAUGCCUUACAGCCGGCCUGCAGAUCCACAGGACCUGGGUCCACCAGAGAACAUUGUCGCUACGUUGAGGUUGCUAGUAGCGCUGGAAGACUACUUGGGUAGCAUCGGACCUAAGAUCGUGGAUCUUCUCACUGAAGCUUUGAAAAUGGAAAAGGAGCGAGCGAACUCGUCGGAGGAGCUCCUGGUGCGCGACUCGGCCGUGGUGCUGAUCGAGACGGCGAAGGAGAAGCUGAAGGGCGCGGCGCAGGCGGGGCUGGUGGCGGGCGGCGCCGCGGCCGCCGCGCGCGCCGCCGUGCUGCGCGCCGCCGCCACGCUGCACGCCGCCGACGCGCGCGCGCGCCUGCAGCUGCGGCAGAAGAAGGAACAACCAAGUAAAGACACUGCGAUGCCCGUGGCGGGUGUGGGCGAGGUGGACCGCGCGCAGAUCGCCGAGCAAAUGGCCGCCGCGCUCAUCGCGCAGGGCAAGACUGACGUGUCUUCAGAGGAAUUGGCACAAUUAGUGGAAGCCGUGGUCGGUAUGGCUGAGGCUAAGAAGCGGGAGGCGGCCGAGAGAAGCCGCGUGGCGGAGCGAGGCUCGGAGAAAGCCAAAGCUUCGGGAACCGCCACCGCUCUGCAGAUGUUACAGUCCGCGUAUGACGAACAUGAUAAAAGGAUCGACGAAGUCUCCACGGACGCGAUGGACGGCCUCUCCGACUCGGACUUGGAAACCCUGCUGAAGAACUUCAACGAACUUUCAGCGGAGGAGCAGCAUAGCCUCAUCGCGUACCUCAAGAAGCUGGAAGCUCGCUCUCCGCAGCGCGUGGAGCGCCUCCGACAGUACGUGAGCGCCGCCGCGUCGGGCCCCGGGUCCGGCCUCGCCGCCGCAGACCCGGACCCGGGGCCCGCGCAGCGCCCGCCGGAUGGGGCGCCCGACCCCAAGCUGGCCCCCGUCACUAUUGAGAGCGACGAUGACGACUAUACGGUGGAAGAGGUCUUCAAAUCUGCAACCGAAAAGGUCAAGGAGAAUCAAAUACGCCAAGAAAUGGAAAUUGUAAAAAAAUCCUUAGAAGAGUCUAAAGCGCCACCGAGGCUACAAAUUGCAGAAAAUCCUAAACCAGCACCUAAAGAAGUGAUACCAACGGUUGAUCUCACCGCCAAGUUUUCCUCGGCCUCCGAUCUCUUUGCUCUGGUUCAAGCGUCCAUACAGUCUACUGCCAAAGGCACGCCGCCUGCUUCUGAAAUUGCUGACGUCGUCCCCAGUAGCAGUCAACCGAGGUCUUUCGGCGAUCGCACGGGCACUACCUCCGGCCAACCGCGACCGCUCCUACCAAACCCUUCUAUGCCGUCACAACAGUUCGGUAACCAACAAGGAGGACUGCUGCGCACUCUGACAAAUAUCCAAACUAGGGCUAAUGAUUCUUACAACAAUGACACUUGGUCUAAUCAAGCGCAAGGAAAUGUGCAAGAAAAUAGGUCUUUUAUGUCAGAUAAUAGAGAUCCUAUGCAGGAUAACAGAGGUCCUUUUAUACAAGAUAAUCGAGGGACAAUGCACGGAGGCCAUAUGCAGGGCAACAUGCACGGAGGGGGAAUGCAGGAUAAUAGAGGCCACAUGCAAGGAAGCCAUAUGCAGGAUAACAGAGGCCUUUUGCAAGAUAGCAGAGGCCCAGUGCAAGGGGGUUCUUACAUGCAAGGAAACAGACCUUUCAUGCAAGACAACAGAGGACAAAAUAUGCAGAACAGACCCCCAUUCAUGUCGGGGCCGCCUGCUAGGCCCCAGGGUAACUUUGGCUCAGAUAAUUACAAUCAAGGACCGAGAGGCAACUUUAUGAAUGGACGAAUGCAGGACAACUAUGAUACUAGACCGAUAGAUAUGAACCAGCAACAAAACAAUUUUAGAGGACGUGGUAGAGGUCACUUCGGAGGGCCAAGGGGCCGCGGCAGGGGAUAUUAUUAACUCGGUACAUCGGUACUAAAUAGUAGUAUUUGAUAUACUACUAUUUAGUACCGAUGUGUUUUAAUUUUCAAGUAUUGUUUAUAAAUUGAUAUAAUAAAUGCUAUUGUGAUGAACUGUA